GCUACAAUGUCUCGGCCACAGAUCGGUAUAGAUCGCUUACCAGUACGGCGGUCCAGCAAUGAACCAAAGGAAGCCAUGAACUGCAAGAGCUGUCGCAAAAGAAAGAUCAAGUGCAACCGGCUGCGACCAUCUUGUGAAGCCUGCGAAGUCUUCAACUGCGACUGCAUUUAUGAUGCAGUACCCAAGAAAAGAGGACCCAAAACCGACGUACUCGAAGCCUUGUUGAAACGUGUAAAUGGACUGGAAAAGAGGUUGAAAGAUGAAGGAAAAGAUCCGGAUGAAGACACAUCGGAAACGGCAGUCGCAGAAAGCGCGAGGGAUGCAGUGGAAAAGAAAUCAUCCAAGAAGGCUCCUACUCCGCCAAAUGCUGUGGUACCCGUAGCCGUCGAAGCACAGCAGAUCCAGCAACAACGACCGCAACCCCCACAGCGCCAUCCGAGCAUCGGCUUCCCAGACCAGUUUAACAACACUUUGCUUGAUGCAUAUUUUGCGCGGAUACACAGCAAACCAUAUUACAUUCUUGAUGAAGCUGCUACCCGCCAGAGAUGGCAAACUGGACAGUUGCCGCCGAGCGUCAUCAAUGCCAUCCAUGCUGUCACUGCUCGAUUUGCCCCUCAACAUUUCGGUGGACACAAUGCCGCAGUUCGUCAUAGCGAAGAAUGUGCAGUGCGAGCACGGAAUCUAACGGAUAUCGAUGACCCGACCAUCGAGAACGUACAAGUCCUUUUAUUGCUAUCGAAUGCCUUCUUCCAAGCAGGCAAAGGCAAAAAGUCAUAUAUGCUUCUUACCAGCGCUAUAAGCAUGGCGUAUGCGCUGAGCUUGCACCGCGAACUUCCUGCCGCUCUCCGCAUCUCGCCCAACGAACGAGAAGGACGUCGCAAACUCUUCUGGACUUGCUAUAUCAUGGAUCGCUUCCUGGCUUCUGGAUCCAAGCGACCUUCUCUCAUCUCGGACGAAGCCAUCUUCUUACGACUACCCGGAUGGCAAGAUGACUCCACCUCGAUACCCUACGAAGGCAACUUCUUCUCCAACGGGACGAACCUACCUAUGUCUGCGGCACCGGGAAGACUACAUCAGAGCGGUGGAUCCAUGCUGAUCGAGAUUUCAAGAAUACUAGGCAUCACGAAUCGUUAUCUUGCCGCUGGCGGUGUCAAAGGCGAUUCGCACUUUCCCUGGCAUGCUCACUCCAAUUUGUCCAAGAUCCGACAAGAUCUUGAUACAUGGGCUGCGGGCGCACAGGAUGCAUUUUUGUCGAUUGAAACACUGUUCGGCCAGCCCGAAAGUCAAACACUGGUCCUGAGCAAGUUGGUUUACCACCUUAUUCACUGUUUGAUAUAUCGACCAUUCUUACCCAUCGAUUUGAGUGAGCUCUCUGGUUCUGGCCAACAUCAAUCCUGGCAAAUAGAAGCGACAAAUCUAUGUUUCCUGCAUGCAAACGCCAUCUCAGAACUGACUGAGAUAGGCAAACAUUCGUCAAUAACUGAUUGGCCAGCCUAUGUUGGAUACUGUCUUUGUACUGCCGGUACAGUCCACGUUCAUGGCGCCCAUUACCCGAGCCGAGAGGGAGACGUUUUCACCAGAAGCGCCGAGUUUUUGUCGAAAGAGAUGUCUCAACUAUCUGAGAUGCGCGUCGUUUGGGCUGGCGUACAACACCAACGAGAGACGCUGCAGACUGUUUACGGCUGCCAUUCUCAGCUUGUGAAAUCGCUAGCUACCAAUCCCAUGCGAUUCUCGCCCGUCUUCCAAAUGGAAGACUUUUUCGAUCGCUAUCCUGGGCAUUUCAUAGAUGGAGCUCACGUCACCUUCUCUGACAUUACCGUUGAAGCUCUACACGAAAGCCUACCAGCUUACAAUGGCUUCAACAACAACAAUCAGUGGACUUCACAGCUCCAAAAUCCACUUUCUACUUCCUCUUCUGCCACGGCGACAGUCAAGUCUUCUGCAAAACUCAAUAACGAUUAUCAUGUAUCUACAGAAAGUCGCAAGCGCCGCCGCACAAACGACGCCACGAGCCCUCCAGAUUUCCCUGCAGUGAUUCACGAUGCAGCUCUAAAUCCCUUAUCACCAGACUUUGCCAACCCCUUGGCCUCACCGACCGCUACUGCUCCCUCCUAUCCGCCUCAUACAACAGCGGUAGAUGAAAAUCAAACCUUCACUCAGAACGCUCUUUCACCAUCCUUCUCAUUCUCGCCCUGGCAAUCCAAUCUUUCUCUUUCGAUGGACCCGAACCUAAAUCCAGCACAGUUUGACAACUUGUUCAGUAUACCCGGGCAGAAUACGCAGACAAAUGCGAUCUUCGACCAACAGACCCCUGGAGGAAUGUCUGCUAAUGGUAGCGUGAAUACUGAAGGAGACAAAGAUCCGUUUAUGAGUUUGCUUGAACAAUUGGCUGAGAACGAACAAACUGGCCAUGGAGGACCUAGCGACUUGGACUUUUUCCUGUCUUCGAAUGGUCAAGGUUGA